AUGGAUUCAAAACAUCCAGAUUCUGGAAACCCACCCAUCGAUAUGGCCGAUAUUAACGCAGAGCGGGGCGACGACCCUUUAGAGGUCAUAACGAUCGGUCAGCUAAAGGCUUCCUUUACCAUUGAGGAGGCUGCUCCGUCACUGGAACAUCCCGGUUCGCCGAUGAAACGGAAGUUCAGUCUCGCUUCGCAAAGCGGGUUUUCGUCGGCUUCGAAUAGAGAUCUCGGCAUCUGUAGGCUCGCAGAACCUGUUUUUCGACUCGAUAUAACGAAACAACUGAGGUCCAGGAACUCCAGUCCCGAGAAACAAGGUAUAAGGUCUAAGUCAAGGAAUAGCAGCCCUGAUAAACAAUCCGUAAGCGCAAGGACUACGGUAUCUCAAGGAACUAAUUCGAUUUCUUUAAAGCGAUCAGCUAUGGCGGAAUAUAGUCCAGCGUUCGUCUUUUGUCAUAAUAAUCGUCUCGCUUCCGGGAAUAUUCCCAAGGCGGUUCUAGAUUUCAAAAAACGCAUUAGUUCGGCAGGGCUACAUAAUCCAGGGCACUACUUCGUUCCUCGCAGCUUUGAAAGCCUACCACGGCAUCUUGCAUACACACGGCUUGCAGCCGGUACCUGCGGUUUUUUGUUGUGGAGGUUUUAUCCGAAUUUUUUCUGCUGCACUUCACUGUUACAGAAUUCGGUUUGGCCCCGCCAAGCUACUCGUCUCCACGUUCUUCUCAUGCGAGUCUGCGGGAUGCCUAAUGUGGUAAAUCCAACAUUCGGAUGA